AUGGAACGACUUGAGGCUGAUAUGUUGUCUUUGUCCGAACUUGAUUCUUACUUUGGAAAAGUUGAGAAGAAUGUCACAAGUCUGUUACCAAACAAGACGACUUGUUCUUCAACAGAAGAGGAUGAUGAUAAGUACAGCUUUUUAAACAUUGUUUUCUCUUGGAAACUUAAGGAUGCUCUGAAUGAAGAUCUUUACAAAAACAAGGUACAGAAAAUACCAGCGACAUUUGAAUCAACAUCUAGUUACUUGAACUCCUUCAUCACUCCAUUGAUCGAGGAAACACACUCUGAUCUUUGUUCAAGCUUGAAGGGUGUAUCUCAUGCUCGUUUAUGUGAAAUCAAGAAGGUCGAGAGGGCCAAGUUUUUUAGACCUAACAAGGACCUUUUAUAUCUGAUAACGUUGAAAAAUAUAUCUGAUGAAGUAGAACAUGAGGAGGAAAACGGUGGCAAAUAUGUUCCUGAGUCAGGAGAUCUAUUUGUUUUAACAGAUGUUAAACCCAGAAGAAUUGAUGACCUGACUAGAUCAGGAAGAUUCUACCAUACUGCUUAUGUGUGUGGCCCGAAAGAGUCAGAUACUGAAGAAAUACUAAUACUGUCAUCCAAGAUAAUGGAAAUGGAUAUUCUAAAUGAAUUUGGGAGGAUCAAAUCACAAAAACUAUAUGCUGUAUUUCUGAUGAACCUGACCACAAAUAAUCGUAUUUGGAAAGCACUACACUCACUGUCGGAGGAUUACGACGUGGACAUCAUUAAGCAGGUGUUGCAGCCAGAACUACACAGUGGAGUAACAUGCGAAAAUUGCGUGUCUGAAGAAAAGAAAAUACUUCAUGGUAUCACUGCACGUUGUCUACUGCAAAAUCAGAAUCUAAAUGAUUCCCAAGAGAAAGCUGUAUCAAGCUGUGUUGGUAUGAUAAAAUGUGACCACAGUGAUAUCAAACUAAUAUGGGGCCCUCCCGGAACUGGGAAAACAAAGACUCUUGCCUGCUUGUUGUUUUGUCUACUCAAGUUAAAACACAGAUCGCUGGCUUGUGCUCCAACUAACACUGCUAUUGUGCUCCAACUAACACUGCUAUUGUGCUCCAACUAACAUGCUUAUGGUUUAGGUGACAUAGUUCUAAUGGGCAAUAAAUCGAGGGUGAAAUUAGAUUCUUCUCCGGGCCUUAAGGAUGUAUUUCUUGAUCAUCGUGUGGAAAAUCUUGGGAAGUGCCUUUCUUCAUUGUCAGGUUGGAAGCAUACUGUGGAUUCAAUGAUCCAUUUACUUGAGGAUCCUAACAAACAAUACUCCUUAUAUAAGAAAGAAAAGGGUGCUAUGUCGUUGGAAGAAUAUGUCACGUUGAAUGACACUGGUGUAGCUUCUGCGUUUCGUGCAUACAAGCAAAGAUUGACGAUUUUUGGCUCCAUGACCUUUAUGGAGUAUGUAAAGAAGAACCGGAUGGACAUUUACGACCGAUUUCAUAAGGAACAAGGAGAGAUAAGUAUCUUGACCAGUCAGCAAUUUAUAAAGCAAACUUUUGAGGAUUUAAGAAGGAAGCUCGAGUUCUGUAUGCAAACUUUGUAUACACACUUGCCUACAUCUUUCAUUUCAAGAGAACAGGUGAAGAAUAUGAUUGAAGUCACGGAUUUGUUAGCUUCUGUUGAGAAACGAUUGAAGGUAACUCUUGAUGGUUAUGGAGAAAGAAGCAUCGGUCCUGAUUGCUUUGGAUCAUCAGGCACAUUGUGCCUUAACUUACUUAGAUCACUUUCCGAAUCAGUUUCCCUUCCUGAUAUUCCAGAGAGAGGUGGAGUUGAAAAGUUUUGCUUAAUGAAUGCAUGCACAAUUUUAUGUACUGCAUCAGGUUCUAUUAAACUGUAUACAGAAGGGAUGAGUGAAAUAAAAUUUUUAGUGAUUGAUGAAGCAGCUCAGCUUAAAGAAUGCGAAUCUGCUAUUCCGUUAAGGCUUCCAGGCCUAAAGCAUUGCAUUCUAAUCGGUGAUGAGAAACAACUUCCCGCAUUGGUCAAAAGCAAGAUUGCUGAAAAUGCUGACUUUGGAAGGAGUUUGUUCGAGAGGCUCGUACGUUUGGGAUACGAGAAACAUAUGCUAAAUUUUCAGUAUAGAAUGCACCCAUCUAUUAGUUUGUUUCCAUGCAAAGAGUUCUACGGUGGGUUAAUUUCUGAUGGCCCCAAUGUCGUGCAUAGUAGUUACGGUAAGAGAUUCGUGGAGGGAGAGAUGUAUGGAUCUUUUUCUUUUAUUAACGUAUCAAAGGGUAAAGAGCAUUUUGGUCGUGGAGGUUUUAGUUCAAAGAACAUGGUUGAAGCUGCUGCAAUUUCUGAGAUUGUUGGAAGCCUUAAAGAAGAGUUUAUUAGGACAAAGAAAAGGGUAAGCAUUGGAAUUAUAUCUCCAUACAAUGCACAAGUGUAUGAGAUUCAGGACAAAAUUAAGCAGUACAGUUCUACUUCUCAUCCUGGCUUCUCUGUUAGCGUUCGUUCUGUGGAUGGUUUUCAAGGAGGCGAAGAAGAUAUCAUAAUAAUUUCAACUGUAAGGUCUAAUGGGAGUGGAAAAGUGGGUUUUCUUACCAAUGCACAAAGAGCAAAUGUUGCUUUGACUAGGGCUAGAUAUUGCCUUUGGGUAGUAGGAAAUGCAGCUACUUUAGUUUGCAGUGAUUCUGUAUGGAGAAAGCUUGUUCUGGAUGCAAAGAAAAGGGGUUGUUUUUAUAAUGCUGAUGAUGACAAGAGAUUGGUUCAAGCUAUUGACAUGGCUGCAUUUGAGUUUGAUAUGCUAGAAGAAUCUGAUUCACGCUUUAAGAAACUGAGUCUAGGUGAUAAUAAAUUGCCUAUCAAAUUCUCCAAGUGA